GUGAUAUUUUUGCUUCUUUCUUGUACCUUUUACUCUAGACAUUUUCAAGGUAUAGUCAUUUUCGGCCUUCUUCCAGCCAUCUGCCUGCUGCAAUUUGAUACGAGUAUGUUUUAUAUCCCUUUAUAUAAUUAAACUCUCUUCUUUGUUGAGUCAUUAUCUCCCAACUUAAAGUUCUCUUCUUUACCUCAAUCUACUACUAAUCCUAAUACUACACCCUGAUCUUGCUGAUACUUCAUUUAUGGCUUCACUAUCACCCACUAGCACCCGCCUAAGCCUACCGCCAUCUUGGUCCUCGGAAAGCAACAAUAGUAGCCUUCGUGAAGCCUCCUUUUCUUCCUAUCUCAAUAGCUCCGAGGAAACGUACAUCCGUAGCCUCAUUGAGUCCAGCCAAAACCAACUACUUUCAAAGCCUCCGCAGCAGCAGCAGCAGCAUGAUCAUCUGCAUAACUCGAGGCAGAAGAAGGUCGAGGAUGGAGAAAUCGACGUAUUCAGUGCUGAUAAGUACUUCAGCAGUGGAAUAAUAGAUCAGGAGCGUAGUAACUCAACAAGGUCUAAAAGUGCAAGAUUUCAACUGUCAGAACAUAAUCAUGAAGAGCGUUCUGAAGGACCUGAACAGAUAGUCAGAGUUAACUCGAAUAAGCUGAAAUCUCAGUUUCGAACUCCUAGCAGUCAGUCAGAACUGAGCUCGAAUAGCCAGAGCGCAUUAUUGAGGCGUCUACAUAGGACUCUGUCUACGUCUAAUAAUGAAGGUAAUGGCAAAACACAUCAGGGAAAGACUAUGUCAUUACUGUCCUGCUCUUGCUGUGUUAAUAGGAAGUCUGUCGAUAUUGAUCGAGAGUUUACUAAACACGGUAGCAGAGGCGGUAUCACUGAUGGAAGACCUCCAGCAGGAUACAGUAAAGGAACCUACACGAGAUCGAUUAAGACAAGCUUUGACACGGCUGAGAUCACACGAAUGAACAAACUUCACCCAAAUAAUACCAUAGAACCCUUUGUCUUCCCGGUCUCAGAUUCUGCCAGCCUUACAGCAGUUAACAAGUUGAUAAAUGUCGAAGAAGAGGAGGCAAGAAAGUCACUUGAAGUGUUCGGGUUUAGUGAUUUGGAUGAUGGGAGCAAGAGGUUUAGCCUACAAAAGAGGCUUAGCAUGCUAUCAUGGGAUGCUAUCCCAAGAACUGAUGAGAUCAGCACUUCAGGGGCACCUAGUGAGACAUACAAGGACACAGAGAGCGAUGCUAGUUCCGACUUAUUUGAGAUUGAGUGCCUGUCUUGUACUUCCAACCCGGUUAUUCAGAGGCCUCGACUGAUACCCUCAGAUGGCAGCACCACCCCAACAACUGCAUAUGCACCUAGCGAGGCUAGCAUCGAGUGGAGUGUUGUAACUGCCAGUGCUGCUGAUUUCUCUAUUGCGUCUGAUUCAGAGGACCAAAGAUCAAGGGCACUACCCUCAACAACUCGCCACAAGUCAUCAGCAUCAAAAUCUAGUCCAUUUGCUAAACGGGGUAUGAGCAAGGAGGUUCAAAAGCCGGGUUCUAGCCUUCUUUUAGGGUGCAAGAGUCAGAAAGCAGUGAAUGUAGCUCGAGAAGUUCAUCGAAAAAGUCCUGCUAGAGGAAUUUCUGAGAGUCAGAGGAAGCACAGGCUCUCGGAUUCAUUCACUCCGGUGACUAGGUUCCAAGUAGAGGCUAAGCUGCCUGGAUUUGGUCAUAGACAAAGAAAAAGCUUAAGUCCUGAACUUUUGUACAUUCAAUAGCUUUCGAUUUUUGUAAAAUUUAUCUGUUACUGUGCUGUGUGUUUAUGUACUACCUGCAUUAUUUUUUCCCUGAUGAUAAUUAACUUCUUAGGAACCUUGGAUAUGUUCAAUCUUCUUCCUAACCUUUCGAUUAACUCAAGCACUCUUCUUUUUCCAAUAAUGUACUAAUUUUGUCAAUCACUAUACUAUUGUAACAAGUUAAGCCCCUUAUAUGAUACAUGUUUUGCUCGUGUAAGUUCCUCUUCGCCGGAGUUGUAUAGGAUGAAUUGUUGUUUAAGUUCAUAAGUGGUCUAAUUAGAAAAACA